AUGUCUCUUAUUAAUCGUUUUCUUCCAGAACUUAAUCGAGCCUUUACAUUACUUGACGAGCCAUUAUUAUCUAAUGUCGCUCGUCGUUAUCCUUCUUCUUUUCCAACCUUAUCGGAUCGAUUAACUUUCCCAAAUAUUUAUCGUCCUUCUGUUGACGUAUCAGAAUCCGAUAAAAAUUAUGUUGUCGAAGCUGAAGUUCCUGGUAUGAAAAAGGAAGAUUUGUCUGUGGAGUUCUUGGACGAUAAUACUCUCCUCUUGAAAGGUAAAGUUGAGAAAGGAACUGCAGCUCCGGCAGAAGGAAUGAGAACCGUCGAUAAUACCGGUGAUACGAUUGCAGCUGAAGGUAGCACCGAUUCCACCCCAACCGGAGAAGUUGUUGAGGCUGGUGGUGCUGCUUUAGAUGAACCAAAAUUUUGGACUUCUGAGAGAAUGAGGGGUCAUUUUCAACGUUCAUUCCAAUUUCCUGGUAAAAUUGAUCCCGAGAAUUCGAAAGCUUCUUAUAAAAAUGGUAUUUUGUCGAUCGUCAUUCCAAAGGUUGAAAGACGUGGAAAACAAAUUUCAAUUGAAUGA